AUGGAUUCAGAUUCUGACGAAACCUAUUCCGAUGAAAAUGAAAGUUCAAUUAGUUCUGAUGAACUUGAAAGUAGUGAUUCCGAAGAUAAUGAUUCAUUAAUCGAAGAACUCAACCAAAGUUCAAUGGAUGAUUGGGAAUGGAAAGUUGACAACUCAAGUUUUUCUACUUCUUUCAAUUAUUUUGAUGGACAUGCAUUAGGAAACAAUAUAAUUCGACCAAUAGAUUCAUUUUUCAAGUUUAUAUCCCAAGAUUUGAUCAAAUUAAUUACUGAUCAAACCAACAUUUACGGCAAACAACGUUGUGUUCAAAAAGGUGAAGAUGCAACAAGUUGGAAAAAAAUUGAUGAAAAUCUAAUACAUGCAUUUCUCGAACCUAGGCAUGCUGGUGCUGGUUUCUGGGGUGAUUAUCGUAAUUGUGAUAUACCUCUCUGGACAGUUCAAACUAUUCUACAAUAUGCUUCUGAACUAGAAGAUUUUGACUUCAUCUAUUAUACUGGUGAUUUGCCACCUCACAACGUAUGGAAUCAAUCCCGUGCUGAUCAACUCUAUACCAUUCAAACUAUUAAUCAAUUAUUAGCUAAGACUUUUCCUAAUAAAACUUUCUAUCCAGCAGUUGGAAAUCAUGAAGCAGCACCUUGUAAUCUGUUUCCAACACCUAUUAUUCGAUCAGACAAUAUUUCAUGGUUGUACGAAGCAUUAGCCGAUAGCUGGCUUACACUUGGUUUACCAUCUGAUACACGUGAUACUAUAACACGUGGAGCUUUCUAUACAACAAUUGUACGUCCUGGUUUACGAUUAAUAUCGCUCAAUAUGAAUUAUUGUGCACCCGAAAAUUAUUGGUUAUUUGUCAAUGCAACUGAUCCACUUGAUCAACUUCAAUGGUUCAUACAAUGGUUACAAUAUGCUGAAGAUCAUGACGAGAAGGUCCACAUUCUUGGACAUCAUCCACCACGUUCUUGUUUGGCAGCUUUUAGCUGGAAUUUUCAUAAAAUUAUCAAUCGAUAUGAAAAUACCAUUGCUGGUCAAUUUUAUGGUCACACACAUAAUGAUGAAUUUAUUGUAUUCUAUGAUGAAAUUGAAAAACAACGACCUGUAUCAAUGGCUUAUGUAACACCUUCAAUGACUACACAAUCAUUUUUAAAUCCAGGUUAUCGUGUUUAUACAAUGGAUGGUGUCUAUCCAAAUAGUUCCUAUUGGGUACUUGAUCAUCGUACAGUUAUUAUGAACCUAACAGCAUCAAAUAUGUAUAAUAGAAGCAUUCUAAUCAAUGAAUAUGAAGCUCGAGAUGCUUAUGAAAUGGAAAAUUUAUUUCCUGCUGAUUGGGACAAUCUUAUUCAAAGAAUGAAAAAUGAUAUUGAUGGUCCAUUAAUGGGUUUAGCAUACACAUAUUAUACAAAAUCGUAUGCUACUGGAACCAGUUGUAAUCAUGAUUGUCGACGAGGUUUAUUAUGCAAUUUUAUGACAGGCCGUUCGGAUGAUCCUCAUGCAUGUGACUCAAUUCCAACUUAUCGUUGA